UUCUAAUUGAGGACAAAGUAUCAAACCAACCCAUUAAAGGCCAUUUCUAAACUUGACUAGUGACCCAUGUACAGUCCCAAUACUCAUGAGCCCAAAUUCCAAACAGUUUUCAAAAUGGCAAACAAAUCCCCAUUUAUCCUAAAACCCUCAAAACCCAUUUUGUCCAAUUAACAGUUCUAACACCCUCACCAUAAAAGCAAAUUCUGGGUUCUUGAAAUCUGCAUAAUUUAUUCCAUUUCAAGUUUUUGCAUCAAGCUCAAAGUUGAAAUAUUCUUGAAUUCUUGAUAUGAAAGCUUUAAGAAUUUUAAGGACAUUGAACUCAUCACUCUCUUCAAAUCACAGCAAAACCCAUUUCAACUCAACCAUUUUCCUUCGAUUUUACUCGGCACAAACUCAACAAGACCACCCCACAACCUCCGAAGAAGAUGACACGUCAUCCUCAGUCUUCGACAGUUCGCAGUACGAUGAUGUUACUUCAGAAGAGAACAGUGUAAGAAGCUCCACUUGGGAUGAGAAAUAUAGAGAAAGAGUGAAAGAGAAAGUGUUUGGUGAAGACCCUUCAAAGGUUAAGAGCUCUAGGAUUUUGAUUAAAGAAGAGGAGAAGAGAAGGAAAACUGCUUUGUUGGCGAGGACUCUUCUAGAAGCUGCGACGGAGCGGGCCGAUGAAGAGGGGGAUGAAGAUAAAGAAGAUGAAGUGGUGAAGGAAGAAGAUCAAAUGUCAUUGAGUGUUGGAAUUAUUGGAGCUCCUAAUGCUGGCAAAUCUUCAUUGACUAAUUACAUGGCUGGGACCAAAGUUUCUGCUGUAUCACGGAAGACGAAUACCACUACUCAUGAAGUCUUAGGUGUGAUGACUAAAGGAAAAACACAAAUUUGUUUCUUUGAUACUCCUGGGCUUAUGCUAAAGAAAAGUGGAUUUCCACACAAGGACAUGAAGGCACGUAUUGAAAGCGCAUGGAGGUCUAUUGAUCUAUAUGAUGUACUCAUUGUCAUAUUUGAUGCUCAUAGACAUCUUACCAAGCCUGAUUCCAGAGUGGUGAGGUUGAUUGAGAGAAUGGGUUCUGAGGCUAAUCCAAACCAGAAACAUUUAUUAUGUAUCAAUAAAGUUGACCUAAUCGAGAAAAAGAAAGACUUGUUGAAAGUCGCUGAGGAAUUCAAAGACCUUCCCGGAUAUGAGAGGUGCUUUACGAUAUCAGGACUAAAGGGAGCUGGAGUGAAAGAUCUAACAAAAUACUUGAUGGAGCAGGCAGUGAAAAGACCAUGGGAUGAAGAUCCAUUUGUCAUGAGUGAAGAAGUUAUGAAGAAUAUUUCACUGGAAGUGGUCAGGGAGAAGUUGCUACAUUACAUACAUCAGGAAAUCCCGUAUGGCAUAGACCAUCGCCUGAUGGACUGGAAGGAGUUGCGUGAUGGUUCCCUAAGGAUUGAACAGCAUUUGAUCACACACAAGAUAAGCCAACGCAAGAUUCUCGUAGGAAAGAAUGGUUCCAAAAUAGGGAGAAUAGGCAUGGAGGCAAAUGAAGAGUUAAGAACGAUAUUCAAGAGACAAGUCCAUCUAGUCCUUAUGGUUAGAGUGAAAUCAUAAUAUCAAAGACCAUGCCAUUGUUUAGCAUGUGUAUAUAUGGAGGUGCUCCAGUUUUUGUCCCUUAACCAAAGCAAUUGUCAGUUGACACAAUAAUUUAUUAAAGCAUAUUAUUAAUCUAAAAAUAUGUUGUUCUGUUACAAAAUAUGAAAGAGAAGUUUAAUUUCCCUUUCAUGUUAAUACACUCAUAUUCUUUUCUAUAGAUUUAAGGUCAAAAUUCUAGACACUCUUUAUAUUUCAUGUUGGAUUAAGAUUUAA